AUGUGGCGGAGGGCAUCACACUGGUCAUUAGCCCUUGUUCUCUUCAUUUUUCUGCUGGUUAUCUACAUGUCAGAAAAUGAUCACACGCAAAUUCCUCGGCGACAGUUCAAUGCUUUCCAAGUCCCUUGUAGAAAUGUGGGAUGCAAGCGGUACUUCAAGACUACCGCUGGACGUACCAAGCACAUCCUUUCUGCCCAUCCCAUCGUGUCUUCCCCACCUCCAGAGGACCACGAUAAUGGUCUGGCAGACGUAGAGCCUGGUAUAUUCCAGGACGCUCCUGAUGAUGCCAAUUUCGCGGGCUAUUUGGGUCCUGCUGCUGAGGAACCAAGAUCCUCCCCUCUACCUGACCAAGAAGGUCGCCCAUGUGACGAGCAUGGAAAUUUUCUUCCUGACGGCACACCCCCUCCGCCUGCUGAGCCCAGGUCAUGCAAUGACUGGACCCCAUUCAGAAACCGUGUCGAAUUCAAAACAGCCGAGUUUCUCUACAUUCAAAACCAGAUGUCAGCUAAUCAGGCUGACUAUCAUCAUGACCUUUACGCUACCAUCGAUUCAAUUCCUUUGGGGGGGGUGAAAGUGGCAGGGUUUCUCAUGCACAGACUACCAAAACUCUCUGACAUCAUUACCAGAGACCCAGGGACACUUGGCUCAAUGUUUGUGCCCAUCAUCCUUGGCAGCAAUAAAACGACGGUUUCAGUUGCCACCGGAAAUAAUGAAUAUUAUCCACUCUAUUUAUCCAUAGGAAAUGUACACAACAAUGUUCGACGUGCGCAUCGAGAUGCAGUAGCUAUCAUUGGGUUCCUUGCAAUGCCCAAAACAACGAAGGAGUAUGCUGAAGAUCCGAAGUUUUGUGCAUUCAGACGCCAGUUGUUUCAUUCAUCGCUCUCCCACAUACUCGAAACCCUUAGGCCAGGGAUGACAAAGCCAGAAGUUGCGAAGUUCGGAGAUGGGCAUUUUCGGCGGGUGAUUUAUGGCUUGGGGCCUUACAUAGCGGAUUACGAGGAGCAAGUGCUCCUUGUGUGUAUAGUGAGUCACUGGUGUCCGAGCCAUUCACGAACGACUUCCCACGAGCCUGACAUUUACCACCUGAUUGCCCCCGACCUUUUGCAUCAAGUUAUUAAGGGCACCUUCAAGGACCAUCUCGUGGCCUGGGUAGAGUUAUAUAUCAUGAAGACGCAUGGAAAACGUAACGGCCUCCGCAUCUUAGAUGACAUUGACCACAGAAUAGCGGCUGUUGCCUCAUUUGCAGGCCUGCGCCACUUCCUGCCAGGGCGGGGCUUCAAGCAGUGGACAGGGGACAACUCGAAAGCCCUCAUGAAGGUUUACUUGGCCGCAAUCGAGGGCCAUGUACUGCAGGAUAUUGUUCAUGUGUUCCGCGCAUUUCUAGAAUUUUGCUACCUCAUACACCAAAAUACCAUCACCAAGAGCACUCUGGAGGAGAUUGAAGAUGCCCUCUCCCAUUAUCAUCACUACCACACAAUUUUUACAGACAAACAUAUUAAGGCCAUCAAAGAGCCAUGGAGGCGUUCAAGCAAAUACAAAGCGCUUGGUCAAAUGUUAGUUACUAAUCAGCGUCUUGAUAAGCUGGCUGCUGCGCGUGUUGACUUCGCCAAUCGUGGGAUGUUGGACAAUACUUGUCUUGCAGCAGAACUCAAAGCUCUCAUGUGUUCUAGUACUAAAGCUUUGUGUGAUGCAGAAAGAAAACGUGCUCGUGAUGUAUUGGCGCUAGCCAAAGAAUUGGAACUUCCCCAUUUUCCUGAUUUGAUUUGCCGGUUUCUUUUUGAGCAGAUGCGCAGGCCAGACAAUGACCAAGAUCCAGCGGAAAUUCCCCUCGCUGGCUGUCCUAGGUUCGCAGGGAAAAUCUCCAUCUUUAACUCUGCAUCUUCAAGGUUCUACACACCAAGUGACAUUAGUGGAAUUGGAGGCAUGCGAGUCACACAUAUCCAUGCGUGCCCUUUGUGGCGGAACGAAGCUCCACGCAACGACUGCAUUUUCGUCAACACGGGAUCCAGUACAGAAGGCAUCCGAGGACUUGAAGUCGCAAGGGUCCGUGCCUUCUUUUCAUUCAAAUAUAGCGGUGAAAUUUUUCCAUGUGCCAUUGUGUGCUGGUUUGACGUCAUUGGAGACUCGCCUGAUGAAGAUACUGGGAUGUGGAUGGUUCGUCCAGCGUACAGUGCUAACCGCGCACCUUUACAUAGUAUCAUACACGUGGACACAAUCUACCGUGCUGCUCACCUCAUCCCCAUCUACGGCAGGUGUUUUCUUCCUCCAAACGUCAAUCUACAUGUUUCUUAUGACUCUUUUUGGGCUUACUAUGUCAACAAAUUUGUUGACCAUCAUGCAUUUGAAAUUGCUUCAUAA